AUGAUUGCUAGAGACCUGCAUGUGCUCGCUGCCUCGUCGCGCAUCACAGAACUGUCAUAUAGUAUGUCAGACAUCCAGACGCGUAUGUUCGAAAUUCAAGAGUUGCGCCACAAAUCGCAAGAUCCGGACGACUCAUCGAGCGCGACGAAGCUGAUUGACCAGUCACUCGGCGUUUUAGAUGAACGUGUUCGGGCUGCCUCUGCAAGCAUCCGGUCAGUUAAUGAAACGCUCACGCCUCUGCUAGAGAGCUCUCAGAACGGCCGCCAGUCUACAGAGAAUGCGAUGAUUCUGCAUAAGCACGCUGACAUGAUGGCGGAGUGGGAAGCAUUGCAACAGGACAUCCAAGUGCUACGCGAUGAGCUGAAGGAGGAUAAGUGGUUGACGGUGUUCAGAACUGUCACAGACCAAGCAAACGGGAUGAUGUCUAGUUUAGAGAAGGCUGUGAACAAUUGUCAGGAGCUCGUAUGGAGAGUUCAACGGCAUGGCAUAGAGGAACCAAUUUCACCGUCCGCGUCAACGUCGUCUCUCUCCUCAGAGAAGCCAUUGACUUACGAGACAUUCAACGCUGCUGUGGAGUCGUACGAGGCGAGAAAGAAACACUAUAUGUCAUCUACGACGAAGGUUCUGUCCAUACUUGAUAAAGGCGUUCAGGAUCGCGUUACGAAGAACGGCGAAUGCCUGCGAAGACAUGCGGAGUCUACCCAGCGUUGGAAGAACCUAAGAGAGAGAAUAACACGUAUCGACAAGGAGCUCGACGCGGUCAGGCGAAUGUUGACUAAUGAUGGGACACUCUCUGGAAGCUCCAGCGAUGCAGGGUCUCAUACAUCUGCCGCGCCGUCAGCGUUCAGAACCUCGAAUGGGCUCCUCGCAACGCCUUCCAUGAAUGGCUCUUGGGCAUCAUUGGAGCGUUCCCUGAGCUCGGACGCCUUAUCACGGUCGCUGUCUCCCUUCCGCAAGCUUGCUCACAAAUUGAAGUCACAUGGGCCCUCUCAAUCUCCGGAAUCUGAACUAUCACCUCUGCGUAUUAGCAAACGCGUGCUCUCCGAGGGCGAAGGGAUGCAUACUUUGAAGCAUCGGGCGUCAGUGAUGAACUUUACGGGCAGCCAGCCACCCAUCCCGUCGACGCCUUCUCACAAACACACGCAAAGCCUCACGCCAGACACAUCGCCGUCUAACAGAAAGCUAGAAAGGUUGGAUACGGGUUCCACAUUGAAGUUCCGACCAGCAUGGAACAACUCUACUAAGGUUGAGUCUGACGAGCGUUCGGCGACGGUGAAACAAUCUCCUGCUCGACCAUCACUUUCGAUUUUGUAUCGAUAUUCUGAAGAUGUUCUCCCGAAUCAUACACAAUAUCCGAACAGUAACAGGAGUGCGUCCCGCAGUUCCAUGGCCUCUUCGAGGCCGUGGUCUCCGGUCACAUCCUCCGCCUCCACUGCACCAUCCAAUCCGCCUGUUUCUAUGCCCCGCCCUCCUUCUCGAGCUCGUUCACAAAUUUCCGGUCAACCGUUGUCUGUUCGUCCGCCUUCUCGUUCGCAGGUCAGCAUGCCGUCCGAGCCGCUUUCUCCGCGUACACGGCCUAAGACCCCAAGCCACAUCCCCACGCCUAUGCGGUCUCACAUCCACUCGAUCUCAACUUCACCGUCGGACCCCAUUUGUGGUCUGGAUGACCUUGCUUCCUCGUUGCACAAGGCAACCUCAUCUUCAAUGGCGCGCCCUCAGACACCUGGGGGCUCCACUAUUCCUGCCCGUCCUCCCAGUCGCUCUAUGAUUCCCGUCCCCAGUGUUCACGUUUCGUCCGCGUCACGCCCAUCCUCUGCCAUGUCGCACUACCGCCCUGAUAGCUCUAUGUCAUUCUCGAGUCCCGCCCUUCGAUCACGUAGAUCCGAAGGCUUACCGACCACAAUGAGGACGCCGAGGGCAUCCCUUAUUUCCAAUAGACUUCCGCCGUCGAGUUUCCGCGAGUCAAUGCACCCACGCACACCGAGCGGUGUUUCUCGUCCUCCAAGCCGUGCCGGGGCUGCCACACCGAGCUUGGAUAGGUCUGGCGAGGGCAAUCCCGUUCACGAAUACAUACCUGUCAGCUUGAAGGAUCCUCUUGAUGCAGAGAUCGCUGCUGUGGCGAACUCGCUUGCGCAUAACUUGGUAAUCGAGCGUCUGGAUCCACCUCUAAAGGGCACACCCAAGGAGAAUGAGGAAAUUCGUGCGCAAUAUGCCUUUACAGGCCCGUUAGUACGAAAGGUUGUUGCCUGUAAGUUGACGACGCUCGCGCGUCCGGGCGCCAAGGGCCCGACCAAGAAGGUGAUGUGCCGUGUCGGUGGAGGAUGGCAAGAUCUACGUCAGUACGUUCUUAGUCGGCAGACCUGA